AUGGAGCCCAUGAAGAUGUUGGACCAGAAUGCUACUGUACUGGCCGGCCACGCGUCUCACCAUCUAAACACACUGAGGGCAGGUGAAGAAGAGAUGAUGAAGGACAAAGUUCACCGCCUGUGGUCUACACUGAGAACAGCUGUUCACGGCUCGAUAGAAAAGAUCAAACGUUCUGACUGGAAGCCGCGGGAACUGGAGCAUGGACUACAGCAUGUGCAGCGGGCACAGCUCAUGAGAGAUGUCCACCACGUGAUGUUUAAUGUCGUUACCCAGGAGUUCAUCUGCAUGCUUUCCAGUACAGAUAUCUGCAUCUAUCACUGUGAUGGGCGCAAGACCAGGGAGCUGAGCCUGGCAGAGCCCCUGGAGGGCCUGCUGUACUCCCACAAAGUCAACCAGUACGUUGGCUGGAACCAGUGCCCCCAACUUAAGGUGCUGAGCCCAGAUUUCAGGACCCUCUCAGUCAACCAGGCCAGGCACAGCAUCAGCUGCUGCUGUUAUGACCGGGAGAUGAACCAGAUUGUCACAGCCGGCAUGGGCAACGUCUGCUCCUGGCGUUUCUACUUCGGCUGUCGGGACUUGGUAUGCAACGUCGCCGUCACACAAGGCUUGGCGGAGACUGACGCCUUCACUGACUUGGUUGUGGAAGUGUGUCCCGUCUCAACGCUGCCGGCAGCACGCGUUCAGCGCUGCUAUGCUGUGUGCAAGACUGGAGUUGCCUCCUUUGACCUGACUAAGGGGAUCCUCCUUGCCUACGAGAAACACCUGCACGAAAGGAAAAUCACAGGAAUCGCUAUUGUGGAAACGCUGAGAUGUGUGGCCACCUCCUCUCGGGAUGGGAGUAUAAAAGUUUGGGAUCAGCAUUGGAACCUGAAGAUGAUGUUCAUUGGACACAGAGGUCCCGUCACUGCACUUGCAAUUUACCCAGACGGCCCCUGCCUUCUCUCUGCCUCUACAGACAGGACCUUGCGGGUAUGGAAUGUGGACGUGGCGGAUCAGGUGGACGAGGUCAAGGUGGGCGUAACGGUCACCCGCCUGGGCACGGAGCCGGGCCAGGACCACAUCUUCAGCUGCGCCCAGCAGAGGCUGGACUUCUGGACCAUCGCGCGCCUGCACGUCCGGCACACGGCCAUCGGUUGCGAUGUGAGCGCCAUCCAUGUUACCAACAUUGCCUUGGCCGGCCACUUCCCUGUGCGGGCAGCUUGCUCCUGUGUGGACGGAACAGCCCGGCUGAUCUCCCCGGAGACAGGAGACGUCAUCGCCACCCUCUUGCUGGAGCCAGGCCGGCGGGUGGUUGCCCUGGACUACUGCUUGCCCAGGGAGGCUCUGGUAGCACUGACUGACCAGGGAGUCCUUCUGAAAGGCAACUCCCUCUCCAAUCCCAUGGAGGUGCUGAUGAAGCUGCCGCGCGGUAGACAGGCAUCAACCAUCCGCUGCCUCUGUAUCUACGCACACGUGGACCAGGUUAGCGUCACUCACUCUCGCUGGCAGCAAGUGGUGAAGGGAGGCAGUGAGGAGAAGAUCCAGCAGUUUGGUGUGAAGGACAGUGACCGGGGAAGCACCCCCGUGUACAGAGACUUCUACUGGGGACCCUCUCCACUGCCGGACGGUAACACGGACCACCAAGGCGAGUCCGGUCGGCAGAUGAAGGCGAGGAAGUGGAAGGUGUGCAGGAACAGUCCGUACAAGAAGCACCUUGGAGCAUCACAGAAUGGCACGCUGGGCGUCCCUGCGAAACGGCUCACGUUGUUCAGGACCCUCUCCCACGUGGUCUCCUGA